UGGGACCAAAAGGAUCAACAGGUUUACCAGGAAAAAGAGGAGUUGAUGGAAAAAGUGGACUUUGUGGAUCAAAGGGAGAUUAUGGGGAGAGGGGAAAGACUGGGACCGGUGGUCUCAAAGGAGAUGUGGGAUUACAAGGUCCAAGAAGGAAGAAAGGAGUCUGGAACAAGAGGAAAAAUGGGGACAUUGGGAAAGAGGGGGUUAACUGGGUCUCCAGGAGGUAAAGGCAGACCUGGGCCUGCUGGUCCCCCUGGAGAGAAAGGUGGUAAAGGAAUAGAAGUGCCAAAGUAAAGGGAUUGCAUGGCAGCCCAGUAAAGAAAGGAAGCAGGGGAGUUAGAGGCAAACCGGGAGAAGGCCCAUUGGGACCGGAUGGACCAGUUGGAAGACCUGGAAAGCCAGCAAGUAUCCCUAUAGGCCACAUUGACUAUGACAMCC